AGUAGCAGUUUUAUACUAGAUAAUUUUGGAAUUGUCUGGAGAAAAGUUGGAAAUUCCACAGCUCUUACUACUUGCAUCAGUGCUACAAAUGGGAAUUCUAAGCCUUCCACAGCUCUUAUUGUUUCAAUUAAUUCUUAAUUUAUUAUUAUCAUUCAGUGUUUCUUGGGCAGGUUCAGAUUCAGCUCCAGAUCAAGACUUUGUUCAAUGCCUUCUAAGCCAUUCCCAGCCUUCUCACCCCAUCUCUGAAGCAAUUUACAUUCCCAACAAUGCUUCUUACUCAUCUGUUUUGCGAUCUUACAUCCGAAACCUUAGAUUCAACACAUCUUCAACCCCAAAACCUUUCCUUAUUAUCACUCCUCUGCAUGAAUCUCAUGUGCAGCAAGCCAUUGUUUGUGCUCAAAAGCAAAACUUGCUGAUGAAAAUUAGAAGCGGAGGCCAUGAUUAUGAGGGUGUAUCUUAUGUGUCCGACGUUCCGUUCUUCCUCCUCGACAUGUUUAAUCUUCGAUCCAUCGACAUAGACAUAAAUUCCGAGACUGCAUGGGUCCAGGCUGGGGCAACUCUUGGUGAACUUUUCUACAGAAUUUAUGAGAAAAGCAAAAUCCAUGGCUUUCCUGCCGGUGUUUGUCCUACAGUUGGUGUUGGAGGCCACUUUAGUGGAGCUGGAUAUGGCAAUUUGAUGAGGAAGUACGGCCUAUCCGUGGACAAUAUAAUUGAUGCGCAACUGAUGGAUGUGCACGGGAGACUUCUCGACCGAAAAUCGAUGGGAGAAGAUCUGUUUUGGGCCAUCACAGGAGGCGGCGGAGCCAGCUUUGGAGUUGUCAUCGCUUACAAAAUCAAUCUUGUACGUGUUCCACAAACAGUUACUGUUUUCAGGGUCGAAAGGACCUUGGAACAGAAUGCAACAGACAUUGUGUACCGUUGGCAAUAUGUUGCACCUAAGCUGGAUACUGACUUGUUCAUCAGGCUUACCAUGGAAGUUGUAAAUAUUACUGGCGGUCCAUUAAGUACUGGUGGAGAAAACUAUAAGACUAUAAGAGCUUCAUUCAUUGGAUUCUUUCUUGGAAACUCUGAAAGACUUCUCUCUGUUAUGGAAACUGGCUUCCCUGAAUUGAGUUUGAAGCAAUCAGAUUGCAUUGAAAUGAGCUGGGUUGAAUCUGUGCUUUUCUGGACAAGCUUCCCCAUUGGAACAGAGCCUGAAGCUUUACUUUCUAGAAAGCCUCAAGUACUUGUCCACCUCAAGAGGAAAUCAGACUACGUCAAAACCCCAAUUCCGAAAAUUGGUUUGAUGUGGAUUUGGCAGAAAAUGAUCGAAUUUGAGGUACCGAUCAUGAGCUUUAACCCCUACGGUGGAAAAAUGAGUGAGAUUCCAGAAUCCGCAACUCCUUGUCCACAUAGAGCUGGGAAUCUUUGGAAGAUUCAGUAUGCAACAAAUUGGGAAGUAUCAGGGGCUGAGGCCUCAGAUUACCAUCUAAAUUUGACAAAAAAGCUUUACUUCUACAUGACUCCUUUUGUUUCCAUGAAUCCAAGGGAAGCCUAUUUCAACUAUAAAGAUCUUGACCUGGGGAUCAACAACAAUGGCAAGGCAAGCUAUUUUGAGGGAAAAGCUUAUGGGAUUAGGUACUUCAAGGAUAAUUUCGACCGAUUGGUGCGUAUUAAGACGGAGGUUGAUCCUGGUAACUUCUUUAGGAAUGAGCAAAGCAUCCCAACUCUUCCAUAAGAGAGGAAGUAGAUAGCUAGCAUGGAAAAAAUCAAUUUGGUUGUCUGGAUCUUUGGUGUGUUCAUUACUGAGCU